AUGCCCUGCCAACAGAAAUGGAAGAAAGAAGUUGAGUCUUUGCGUGCCGAGAAGGCGUUGGUUGAUAAGUUAGUUGCGGAGUUACAGAACGCUGGCACCACCGAAGCGUCUGAGGCUGCAGCCAAACACCACUCAGCCAUGGCAGAGAUGCAGGCGGCGUUCGAUGAGAAGAUGUCCGCGGCCGAAGCGGCAGCUGCUGCGGCGACUAUGGCCUUACAGAUGGAGCUGGAUGAG